AUGCUGUUGCAAGAGGUGUUUGUACUUUCCUUUACCGUUGGAUAUUGCCUCGCUUUCAUUAGUGAUUAUCAAAGCCAAGCGAUUUACGACGAAUCUCCCAAACCCUAUGAUUUUGGAUAUGAUGUUCAAGACGAGUUAGGAACAACCCUAAGCCGGUGGGAAAAGGGUGAUGGCAGCGGAACUGUAGUUGGAACUUAUGGUUACACUGACCCUUAUGGAGUUUAUCGAUGGGUGCAAUACCAAGCUGACGGAAAUGGUUUUACCGCUAACGUCAAGACUAACGAACCUGGUACAGCUAACCAGAAUCCGGCAGAUGUUAUUAUUACCGCUGAAGAGCCGCCGGCUGCUGUUGUGCAGAAUACUUUAGCUCAAGUUCGGGCUCCUACAUCUAAUCUUGUACAUUCUGUUCCAAGUUACACUAGUCACCCCGGUAGUCGUCUGGGUGGCGGUCGUUCAGUUACUGCUUUUGGCGGUGGUUUUUCAGGUGCUGGUUUCGGUGGUCGUCGUCAUGCUGUGGGUUUUGGUGGUCGUCGUUCUGCUGUAGGUAUUGGUGGUGGUCGUUCUGUUGUAGGCUUUGGUGGUGGUCGUUCUACUGUAGGUGUUGGGGGAGGCGGUUCUGCUGUUAACUUUGUUGGUGGUCACCCGGGUGCGGGUUCUAGUGGCGGCCGCCCAGCUGCUGGUGUUGUUAGUCUUGGUUAUAGUGGUGCUGGUCUUGGUGGAGGUUAUUCUUCUGGUAAAUUUGGUGGCGCUUAUUCUUCUGGUACUUUCGGCGGCGGUUCUACGCUAGCAUUUGCAUCUCCUGGUGUAGCAAAGGUUGUCACUUCUGGUCAAGGACAUGGAGGAGGUCAUCACUAUUAA